AUGGUUUCUUCAGCUCUGAAGGGUGCGACCAGCAAAGACAGCACAAAGGGAAAACCGACAGACGCCGAGACGCCCAGUACACAGAGACUUCCCCCCAGCCCCGUGCAGCAACCUCCAAUUCACAACCAUUCCCAGCCCCCCUCCCCCUUCCCCACCCACAGACAGCCACUCCAACCAAUCCAGCAGCAAGUAAAGGUGUCGUCCUCGCCAGUUCCAGCCACCUCGCAGUCACAACAAGCCCCUCCCCCUGCCCACGAUAGGCAGCCGUCGGUGUAUCGUCCUCAAGAAGUCCAAAACAACGUCAAGAAAAGGAGCCAGGAAGCGCCGAGUGUGCAAAAACAGGAAAACCACCAGUCCUUUGCGCAGAGGUUUCACCAGUCGGUGCUUCAAUCCACCCAGGAAGCUCUGGCUCAAAAACAAGUUCACAGCAUGCCUGCCAGUCAGCAACCGGAGAAGACUGUAAGUGCGCCCGUGGAGAGCUGGCAACAACAGGCCUACGCUGCGCCUACGCACGUUCCGCCACCGUUCCCGCAACAACCGACGGAAAGGGAUGAUGGGAGUGGGAGCGGGUCGGGGCGAAUGAAUUGGCCGGGUGUGGCUGUCAUUAUGGAAGCCUAUCAACGUUAUACACAAGAACAAGAGUUGGAGAGAGAGGUCCUACAGGGGCAGUUCAGCCACCUGCAGACGACUCACGGCAGCCUGAACAGGACGGCGGAGACCCUCAGCCUCAGGAUGUCGGAUCUAAUCCGAACUAAACAACAGCUGGAUGAAGAGCGCGAUCACAUCCAGGGUGCAAUAGACAACCUCAAGUUAUUCUUCAAAAGAGUCUUUUAGUAUCACAGAGGUCUCGUCAGUCACAGGAACAAGAACUGCUUUGGUUUAGAUUAAGUAUUAAGAAUCGACUGCGUUCCCUUAAACUGUAGGUGGCUGGAAGUACUGUUAGAAUAGCCUGGUAUCCAGCCGUAUUGUAGCUCGCCAGUCUAUUCUAUCCUCCCGAAACUGAAGAGACUCGGAAGCUCCAAUACGGCUGGAUACCAGGCUAUUGUUACAAGAGGUGUUAGCCAGCCCAAACUUAAAUGAAAAUUUGUUGUUGUAAGCUUAUUGACUUGCUAAUGUCUUAAAUGCAAUUCUACAAUUUUUUCAUUUGUAUACUUCAAAGAAUGCACGUGUGGAGAAGAAUGGUGGACCAUAAAAUUUGCAGCAAUGAAAUAAUGAAAUUCUUAUUGGUGCACUAUGUUAUUUUUAAAAAAAGCGUCCAUUAUUGUAAAAUCGAAAAUCCAUUAGAGCACAUACAGGAUAUUCUAUAAUGCCAACAAAUUGUUUUUUCCUGUGCUAAAUAAUUGCAGAUUACCGCUUUUUUGUACUGUUCAUGCAAUAGCAAUUGUCCUUCUUUUUUAAUAUCUCACAUCGAGUGGUAAAAUUUUUCUUACAUUUUUCGAAUCAAAUGCUUAAACUGCAAUACUUUAGAGAUUUCUUUUCAGAAUAGCUGUUGGGUUGUUAAAAACACCUACUUUUGUACAAUUAGCUUAGAUGGGGAGAGUUUAAGAUCUAAUGCAGAUACGUUAACAACCUUGCAAUACAGGAAGCUUGAUUGUGCAAGAUAUCUCAGUUGUCUGAGACACUUAGUAGGAAACAGAUGUGAUUUUGUACCAAGUUUCUGAGGGUCUUUCGUCAAGAAAUAAAACAGCUUCAUCUAGGAGGUCAACAGCCCUUUACAGUAUUUGUGUUUUAAAAAGGUGGGAAAAGUCUGUCAUGCCUUUGAAUAAAAGAAUUUCACAUCAUUUCCAAUAGUUGGGCUGUUGUACAAUUGUCGGUGCUAUUUAGCAGAAGAAUAUCUUCACCAAAACACAAAGAAUUUGUUCUUCUCAAGAAUGGAGCAAUGGAAGCUUUCAAAGCUUGACAAAAGAAGUCAAGCUGCAAUAGAAUGUACGACUAAGGAGGUAUCCGAGAGUAUGAGUAGUAGAUUUCUCCAGUAAGUUUCUUCUUCUGGCUGAUACCGAGACCUUUCCGAACAUUUGAAGGAGCACCGGACUUGUACAAGAGGAUGUGUAUCUAUUCUACAUGUAUAGGAAUCCGUGUAUUUUAGACCAAGUCAGUGCUUACAUCUAUUUUAUUUAUUCUACAGUAGGAACAAUCUUGUACAGAACUGUUAUUAUCACAGAGGCUUGGCUGUCGAAAAGGCAGAAUAAAGAGAUACUUUUUUCCAUGUA